UAUCGGAUCAAAGGGGCAAAGUAGUAAAUUAAAACAGGGAUAAAACCCUAGCCCUAAACUCAUUUCUUUUAAAACUCCCCAUCUAUUCACGCAGCUGCCCCUUCAUCACUCUGCCACCGCUGUAUUCAACCUCCGUCGCCUCGCCAUGGCAUCAGAGAAGAAGCUGUCGAACCCAAUGAGGGAAAUUAAAGUUCAAAAGCUUGUCCUCAAUAUCUCUGUUGGUGAAAGUGGUGAUCGUCUCACCCGUGCUGCCAAGGUUUUGGAACAACUCAGUGGUCAAACCCCUGUCUUCUCCAAAGCUAGGUACACUGUGAGAUCUUUCGGAAUCAGGCGUAAUGAGAAGAUUGCUUGCUACGUGACAGUGAGGGGAGAGAAGGCUAUGCAGCUUCUUGAGAGCGGUUUGAAGGUCAAGGAAUAUGAGCUUUUGAGGAGGAACUUCAGUGAUACUGGCUGCUUUGGAUUCGGCAUCCAGGAGCACAUUGAUCUUGGAAUCAAGUAUGACCCUUCGACCGGUAUCUACGGUAUGGAUUUCUAUGUUGUUCUUGAACGAGCUGGGUACCGUGUUGGCCGUCGUCGCAGAUGCAAGUCACGUGUAGGUAUUCAGCACAGAGUUACAAAGGAGGAUGCCAUGAAGUGGUUCCAGGUCAAAUAUGAAGGUGUCAUCCUUAACAAGUCCCAAAAUAUUGGAGCUUAGAAGUAGCAGUAUGAGAUUGUUUUUAGUUUUGAGUACCUGAUUUUGGCUAGUUUAUAUUUAUCAGAUAGUAUUUUCCUGAACAAAUUUAUUUUAUGUUUUAGGGUGGAAUCCUAAGUUUUUCUUUUUGUUGGUUUAGUUUAUUAAUAUAUUUACAAUCGGAAGAAA